AUGGAGAAUCCGCACACCCCCGCCGCGCUGGCUCGGGCCCCUUCUGAGGCGAGUGCCUCGGAUGAGUCGCGGCGAGCAGGGGCCGAGCGUAAAUCGAGGGAAGAACGCCCCAGAGGAGGGGUGGAAUGCACUGCAGACGCGCCGGUCGGAGUCAGAGGCGCGGAGGCUCGAGGCGGACACUCCCCCUCGCCCCCCGGGAGAGAGGGCGGAGCCUUAACCCGAGAAGGAGGACGCAACGACAGCCCCAGUGGAGGAGACGAACAUGUUUUCGCCGCGGAAAACGGCGAGGACGCAGCCAGUCGAGCCGAGGCCGAGAACGACGGGUCUCGCUCUGGCAGCGGCAGGCGCCAGCUGGAGCCAGGCGAGCUGCUGGCGGCGCAGCAGAAGGCUGCGAGGCAGGGCGAAGGCGCCCCGUGCGCUGAGCGGGACCGCGGGCCGUCCCUGGGCGACGACGCGACGCACCUUGCCACAGAGAAGGUCGGGGGAUUCCCCUCCGCGCCUCCACUCUCGGCGUCGGCUUCCUCUUCGGAUGACUCGGUUUCGCGCUGUUUGGCGAUCUCUGCGCCGGUCUUUCCCGCUGGCGACGAGGAGCCUCUGCGGGCGACUGCGUCUCCGCGGGACCUGUUUCCGUCGCCGUCUGCUCCGGCCUUUCCUGAAGCAGACUUCUUGCCGCCCUCGCCCCCCGUCUCCUUCGCCUCCACGUCGGCGACCGACGCGCCUCCCUUCAGCCCGAGCAGGCUCGACAGUGUACGUACACCCCGGGCCCCAGCGUCGGGCGGGACCUCGGAGGCGGCCGCCGGCGCGCAGAGCGGAGGGCGCCGCGCCUUGCGGGAAGGCGAAGUUCCUCUUUUUCCCGGCUCCACCGCGGCCGCGGCGCGGUGUUCGCCAGCGGCCGCGCACGCCGGCAGCCUCGAGAGCGACGGCGCGGCUUUUCCUCCCACGGACACCGAUCUCUUCGCGUCUCCAGCUGCGCAGCGGGGGGCGGGGUCUGCGGAGGAGGCGGAGAGGCAUUCGGCGCGGUUCGCAUUCCCCGCCGCCGCGUCGGGUGCACGCGGAGAGCGCUGCGUUGUCCUCGCGGCGCAGACGCAGCGCGACGCGCAAACCUGCCGCGACCCUGCAGCGGAAGGGGCUAGCGAAGAAAGGCCCUCGGCGCGGCGCGGCGGCGCCCUGCGGUGGGACGGCGCAGACAAUGUCUUCGCGUGCUUUCCGUCCGAGGGGGCCGUACGUGCGGAGUCUGCUUCAGUGAGAAGGCGCCAAGAAGAAGGCAUCUCCGCGGGCCCUGUCGACCCCGAGGCCUUCGGCGUCGCGCCGCCGGGAAGCUCGCGCCGUGGUUCGGAUGCCUGUUCGUUCAUGUCUUCGGCGCUGGCGCCGGCCGCCUCCGCCUGCGGCUCUUCUGCGAAGCGCGUCGGCUUCCGCGCAGGCAGCUGGCAACCCGCGGCAGACGUGCAGCGCGGCGCGACGAGGAGCCGGUCUUUUCUUCCCAGCGUAGCUACGGCGCAGGAGGGACGGAGAAGGGACGCCCGUGCGUUCCCGCCUGCGCAGCCGCAGGGGCCCGACGCCGCGCCAGAAGGCGAGUCCGCGGCGGCGGCGCAGCCGCUGCGGUGGAUGUUCGUCCUGAGCGCAGCUGAGUGGAGCGCCAAGAUGCCACCCAGCCUCGCGCUCUCGCGCUGGCAGGCUCCACGCCUCCUCUCGCCUGCAGCCGACCCUCUUGCCGGAGGCAGCGCCGGCCACAGCCGUGGGAACAGGCGAGGCGGGACCGGUGCGGAGGGGGACGCGGGCGACGCGAGAAGGGGUCCGAGCCGCGUCGGGGUGGAUCCUGAAUGCCGACAUAACGAGGGAGCCGCAAGCUCUGCGCGCCUUCUCUGCAGCGAAGCCGCAGCGGAGGGCUCGCCGAAACUGGCGGACGCGAAGGAAGACGACGGAGUUGCGGCGAGUCUGCCUGCGUCGCUUCCGCCCCCGGCAGGAGUGGAGAGAGCGCACACCAACCUGCCGCGGUCUCACAGCGCGCCUAUCGCGCGCGACGGCGCAGCGCCCUCUUGCUUGGAGGCGGCGGGUGGGCUGGCAUCCGACGCGCCGACCGAGCUGGACGGGCGAAAGCGCGAGACGCUGCCGCCGUCGUUCUCCUUCCCGUGCGUCUCCCCCCGGUCUGCGGCAGCCGAGCAGGCACCUCUUGGCGCGCCCUCCGCUGUGCCGUCGGCGUCUGCAUUGUUCUCUUCAGUGCCGCUCUUUUCGGCCGCGGCGCUGUCGUCCUCGGUGCAGGUGAUCGCGGCGCCGGCCGCCGCCGCGUCGCCGCCGUGGCGGAUGCAUCUCUCCACGGCUGUCUUCAUGUUUGCGCUGCAGGGGUCCGGCGUCUUGCAAGUCACGCAGGGCGACGCGGAGACCGACUUCCCGUUUGGGCCGCUUGCCGCGCUUAGUGUGCCGCCGCUGACGCCCUACCGCGUCCUGGCGAGCGACGCGCCGCUGGUGCUGCUCGUUUGCCAGGCGCCCUCGCCUGCCGCGUACGCGGAGCCCGCGGCGCGACCCCGCGGGCCGUGCGGCGCCAGGUAG